AUGGCCUUCAUGUAUCUCGCAGGUCUCGGCCUCGUCUACUUUGCAAUUGCGCAACUGAAUCCCCGGGCUUCCCGGCUUGCACGCCUCAGAAGAGCUAGCAGUUGGCUAUUUGACAGCCAGCUGGAGCCCACACGACAGACCAAACGGAUCGCUGGAUGGCUGGAAUUUGUCUGGCUGGCGACAUUCGGCAUAUCACUUGGGGUAGGCGAACCUCAUGGAUAUGCAGAUUCGACACGGGCGGGCUGGAUGUUCGUGUACCAGAGCAUUGGGUUGGGCGUCACGUUUUUGGCGGCAGGCAUUCUUUUCGCAUUCUGGCUCCGGAAUCUCCCUCCAGGACAGAGUUUCUCGCAAGCUUGCUGUGGCCACUUUGAUCUGGCUACCAAGUGA